AUGCAUUCCCCACCUCUUCAUUCACCUACUUCUUCAAUGGGGUCUCCUCCCCUAAUGUCACUUGGCUGUCCGUCUCCCACAGGGAUGCAGCCUCACACAACAUUAUCUAAUAAACAUAUUUGUGCCAUAUGUGGAGAUCGAGCAUCAGGAAAACAUUAUGGUGUUUACAGCUGUGAAGGGUGUAAAGGCUUUUUUAAGCGUACAGUGAGAAAAGAAUUGACCUACGCAUGUCGAGAUGAUAAAAACUGCUACAUUGAUAAACGACAACGUAAUCGUUGUCAGUAUUGUAGAUAUAUGAAAUGUCUAGCUAUGGGCAUGAAGAGAGAAGCUGUCCAGGAAGAAAGACAACGAACGAAGGAGAAAGGAGAAGAAGUUGAAAGUACUAGCAGUGUUAACAAUGAUAUGCCAGUUGAACAAAUAUUGGAGGCGGAAUUAACUGUUGAACCAAAAAUAGAUACUUAUAUUGAUACUAGAAAUGAUCCUGUUGCUAGAAUAUGUCAUGCAGCAGACAAACAGUUAUUUACAUUGGUUGAUUGGGCAAAACGUAUUCCCCAUUUCACCGAAUUACCUCUAGAAGACCAGGUUAUUCAACUUAGAGCAGGUUGGAAUGAACUACUGAUAGCUGGUUUUUCUCAUCGUUCUAUUGCUGUUAAAGAUGGUAUACUAUUAUCAACCGGACUACAUGUACAUCGUAGUAGCGCCAGGGAUGCUGGAGUUGGAACAAUCUUUGAUAGAGUUUUAACAGAACUGGUUGCUAAGAUGAGAGAAAUGAAAAUGGAUAAAACUGAAUUGGGAUGUUUGAGGGCCAUUGUUCUUUUUAACCCUGAUGCUAAAGGAUUAACAGCAGUACAAGAAGUAGAACAACUUAGAGAGAAAGUCUACGCGUCAUUAGAAGAGUAUUGUAAAACACGCUAUCCUGAUGAACCUGGUCGAUUUGCCAAAUUACUUCUACGCUUACCUGCAUUGCGAAGUAUAGGACUCAAAUGUCUGGAACAUUUAUUUUUCUUCAAGUUAACAGGAGAUACUCCUCUUGAUACAUUUUUAAUGGAGAUGUUGGAGAACCCCAGCCCUCAAACGUAG